AUGGUCAUGGGGCCCGUCUUCGCGUUCCGUACGUCAUCACGUCGCGCGACGACGGCGGCGGCAGCGGCGGCGACGACGACGACGACGACGACAACCACGACAACCACGAUUCUGGCGGCUCCGGGACCGGAAGGCGGCGGCGGCGGCUGUUCAGCGCCCACUGAGCCGCCUGCGGGCCCCGCACCCCACCCCACCCCCUCGGGUGGGGGGCCAGCCCUGCUUGGCUGGGUAGGGCGGGGUGCUGAGAAUCCCAGGACCCCUUUUUCAUUGUCUCCAUAUUGCUUGGGGAGAGGCAGUAUGGCUCCCAAAGACAUAAUGACAAAUUCACAUGCCAAGUCCAUCCUCAAUUCAAUGAACUCUCUCCGGAAGAGCAACACCCUCUGUGAUGUUACAUUGAAAGUGGAGCAAAAGGACUUUCCUGCCCACCGGAUUGUGCUGGCUGCGUGUAGCGAUUACUUCUGUGCUAUGUUCACUAGUGAGCUCUCAGAAAAGGGGAAGCCAUAUGUUGAUAUUCAAGGUUUGACUGCCUCCACUAUGGAAAUCCUGUUGGACUUUGUGUACACAGAGACAGUGCAUGUGACGGUGGAGAAUGUACAGGAACUGCUUCCUGCAGCCUGUCUGCUUCAGCUGAAAGGUGUUAAGCAAGCCUGCUGUGAAUUCCUGGAGAGCCAGCUGGACCCAUCCAACUGCCUAGGCAUCAGGGAUUUUGCUGAGACACACAACUGUGUUGACCUGAUGCAGGCAGCUGAAGUCUUCAGUCAGAAGCAUUUUCCUGAAGUGGUACAGCAUGAAGAGUUCAUCCUUCUGAGCCAAGGAGAGGUGGAGAAGCUAAUCAAAUGUGAUGAAAUUCAGGUAGAUUCAGAAGAGCCAGUCUUUGAAGCUGUCAUCAACUGGGUGAAGCAUGCCAAAAAAGAGAGGGAGCAAUCCUUGCCUGACUUGCUACAGUAUGUCCGGAUGCCCCUGCUGACCCCCAGGUACAUCACGGAUGUGAUAGAUGCUGAGCCUUUCAUAAGAUGCAGCUUGCAGUGCAGGGACCUGGUUGAUGAAGCAAAGAAGUUCCACCUGAGGCCAGAACUACGAAGUCAAAUGCAGGGACCCAGAACAAGAGCUCGACUUGGGGCCAAUGAGGUACUUCUGGUGAUCGGGGGGUUCGGCAGCCAGCAGUCCCCCAUCGACGUGGUAGAGAAGUAUGAUCCCAAGACUCAGGAAUGGAGCUUUUUGCCAAGCAUCACUCGAAAGAGGCGUUAUGUGGCCACAGUAUCCCUACAUGACAGAAUCUACGUAAUUGGUGGCUAUGAUGGCCGCUCCCGCCUCAGCUCAGUGGAGUGCCUGGACUACACAGCUGAUGAGGAUGGAGUCUGGUAUUCUGUGGCCCCCAUGAAUGUCCGGCGAGGCCUGGCAGGUGCUACCACUCUGGGAGAUAUGAUCUAUGUCUCUGGUGGCUUUGAUGGGAGCAGGCGGCACACCAGCAUGGAGAGAUAUGACCCAAACAUUGACCAGUGGAGCAUGUUGGGAGAUAUGCAGACAGCGCGGGAAGGUGCUGGACUAGUGGUGGCCAAUGGGGUGAUCUACUGCCUAGGAGGAUAUGAUGGACUGAAUAUCUUGAAUUCAGUUGAAAAAUAUGAUCCCCACACAGGACACUGGACUAAUGUUACACCAAUGGCUACUAAACGCUCAGGUGCAGGAGUAGCACUGCUCAAUGACCAUAUUUAUGUUGUGGGAGGGUUUGAUGGUACUGCACACCUCUCUUCCGUGGAAGCCUAUAAUAUCCGAACUGACUCCUGGACUACAGUUACCAGUAUGACCACCCCACGAUGCUAUGUUGGGGCCACGGUGCUUCGGGGAAGGCUCUAUGCUAUUGCAGGCUAUGAUGGGAACUCCCUACUGAGUAGCAUUGAGUGCUAUGACCCCAUCAUCGACAGCUGGGAAGUGGUGACAUCUAUGGGGACCCAGCGGUGUGAUGCAGGCGUGUGUGUCCUCCGAGAAAAGUGACCAAGGGUGGAGCACCAGCCAAAGCCAUUGACAGUUCAAGGGGCAGGUUGGGGGAGAGCCAAGGAUCCCUUGCAGAAAUUUCUUUCUCACUGUGUGGACGGGGCGAUUACAGGCACCGGUACAGUGAUGGCUAUAAUUAUUUGAACUCCCCUAUGUUGGCACCAGCUCCUGGGAAUGGGUAGUUGACAGAAAUGCACAGGAAAGCACUUUGAGUGACAUGUGAGAGAUCACUAUCUUCUCACUCCUUCGUCCAGGGAGCCUUUUCCUGGUAUUCUCCAGCCUACCUUGUGCUUAAGCAGAUGUUUUGUGUUGUGCCUGAUGUCUCCCAGAAAGCUGAAGUGGGCAUGCCUUCCUGGGUAUUUGAUGUGCCCAGCCUAGUUCACAGGGUGCCAACUUGAUUUAACAUUGGUUAAGUCCAAGCCUUUUUUCUAAGAAAAAAGUCUAUUUUAGUGUGCACUGGUAACUGGGGACAGCAGAACUCUUAAGUUUCAUUCCAUAGGACACUAUCAGCCUCAAAGAAACCAAAGGUUUCCUAUCAAAACCUACAGGCUGGAGGACUGGGAGAUCAUCAGACACCCUAGGGACAGGAGUGCCACUGAAAUGAGUGAGGGUAAUUGAAAGGAAUCCAACUUAAUAUAGAGUGUGACUGGACUUGGAACACUCAUUUUAUCCUGGAUGAAUAAGGUGGUGUACUCAUUCAGAGAUCCUUCUCCCCUGUUGCGUGCAACGUAGAGCUUUGUUUCUCUUGAUGUUGGAGACUAACAUCUGGAGGAAACAAAAUGAAGCAAACCAAUGAAUGUCAUCACUGUGGAAGUGGAACGUUCUAGGGGAAGACCAGUGAUUUUUGCCAUCAAUUCAUAUGCUAUUUGUCUAUAUCAAGCCCCAUCUCAUCAUGGCAAGGUUUGCCUGGAAUGGAUAGAGCCUUGUUUUCAGCAGGGCUCAUCCCUCAGGGUGGUUCUUGCUGCUGCUCAGUUUUAUCAUUUUUUUCUUCCUUCACUGUUCCUGACCUCUCCCUGAAAUCAAUAUUUCCAUGUCCUAGUGCUGCAUAAUCAAGGAUAAGCAGAAGUGUUCUGUUAGGCUUUCCGCACCUUUGGUGGCCUUCUGAGCCAUUUUAUUGACUAGGCCCCACUGAGAAUUGAAAUGAAAUGUUUGCUUUUGGGGGGUGGGGAGAGAACACAGUCAUCUGAGUAAGGAUGCACUUGAUAUUUGAUCUGAAAAUCUACUUGGGCCCCUUUCCCUGAGUCUUGUGUUUGACUCUACUGACAGAGUUAAUUUCAUUUGUAUUUUUUUAUGGAAAUAUUAAAAAUCACAUGUCUUGAG